GUUCACCUUUAUUAACUAACCGCCACUCCAAAUUAGACAAAUCCAAACACCCACCAGGAAAAAAAAAUUGUCUGCUUUGAAAAUGAGCUACAGCAGCUUCACUACUGCUAGCUCUUCUUCACCCCUAACCUAUCCACGAAAAUUUUCAGAUUCAAUCUCUUUCUCCAACAAGUUUGUACUGAUUAGAUUCCCUAAAACCCAUAUCUUAUCUUCUACUAAGAUUCAACAAAAACCUGGUUUUGGAAGAUCUAAAGCUGCUCACUUUACAACAAUGGCAACUACUGGAAGUAACCAAGAGGUUCUUCCACCAGCUUUCACUUCUACUUCAGACCCACCCCCAGUCUUCGAUGGAAAUACAAGGUUGUAUAUAUCGUACCAAUGCCCAUAUGCGCAACGUGUGUGGAUUACCCGGAAUGUUAAGGGAUUGCAGGAAAAGAUACAAUUGGUUCCUAUUGAUUUGAAAGACAGGCCUUCAUGGUACAAAGAGAAAGUUUACCCAGAUAACAAGGUGCCAUCAUUAGAACACAAUAACAAAGUUAUAGGAGAGAGUCUUGACUUGAUUAAAUACAUUGACAGUCAAUUCAAAGGGCCUUCACUUUUUCCUGAUGAUCCUGCAAGGAUAGAAUUUGCAGAAGAGUUAUUGUCGCAAUCUGGCUCAGUCCAUAAAUCCGUCACUUCUUCAUUUAAAGGAGAAGUAGAGGAAUCCGGUGCUGCAUUUGAUUACAUUGAAACAGCUCUCUCUAAAUUUGAAGAUGGACCUUUCUUUCUGGGCCAGUUUAGUUUGGUGGAUAUAGCUUAUGCUCCAUUUAUUGAAAGAUAUCAGCUUUUCUUAUUGGAUGUAAAGAAAUAUGACAUCACUGAAGGCAGGCCUAAACUGAAAGCAUGGAUUGAGGAGAUAAACAAAAUUGAAGGUUACAGACAAACUCGAAAUGAUCCAAAGGAACUUGUUGAAAGCUACAAGAAACGCUUCUUGGUUCAGGUCUGAAAUCAGUGACAGAAUCAUAGAAAACAAUGGUGUUCAAAUACUCCCUCCACAUGUUAUAAUCAUCACUUGAAGUUCUGUUUUAUGUAUGCCCUUGGUGAUAAGUAUUGAAAAUAAGCUUGACAUUGAUAUGCAUAGUUGGGUCAAAUUAAGCUUUUGGAACCGUAAGUUAGGAAUUGGAUAAGGGAAAUUUUGUCACUUAAGAUUAUGAAUUUCUUUGUAUGGCAAAUAUCGCCCAAACUUGGUAAUCUAAAUGUGCUAUGCAAUGUUGAUUGAAGAAUCUCA